AUGCCGGCGUGCACGGCGACGACGGCGUCGCGCGCGUGCACGGCGUCGACGGCGACAGAGGACGCGACGUACGAUUUCUCGACGUGUGAUUUCGAUCGAGAUCUUCACGUGGAUUGGUGGGUGCACGGCGACCGAGAGCGCUCGGCGCGCGCGGGGCGGGCCGUCGAGGCGGCGUUGCGUCGAUUCGCGCGCGCGCGAUUCGGAGAGGCGGGCGCGUCGGAGGGCUUGGCGUCGAUGACGGCGGCGGACGUCGCGGAGGCAACCGUCUCGAGCGGGACGUACGGCGCGGACGCGCGAGCGGCGUUGAAGGCGCGGACGCGACGGGUGGGAGAGAAUUGGCGCGCGAUCGCGGAGGCGGAGGACGCGUACGCGAUGCGGGCGCGACGCGGGGUGGAGGACGGGAUCGCGGCGGAGGCGGCGGCGGAGGCGGAGACGCGGUGGUCGAUCGGACGCGUCGGUGCCGUCGGUGUGGGCGCCGUGCUCGGUGGUGCGGCGUUGUUUCUGAGCGGUGGAAUGGCGGCGCCCGCGGUGGCGUCGGCGCUGGGGGGGUUGGGGGCGCUCGGCGCGGGCGCGGCGGGCGCGAUGUCGGCGCUCGGCGGCGCGGGCGUGAUUUUCGGCGCCACGGGGGCGGGUAUGCUCGAACAGUUUCAAUUCAUUCCCUUGCGAGGCGCCGGUCGCGGGUUCGCCGUGCACGUGUUCAUUCCCGGAUUCCUGCGAGACGGGGAGGAUUUAUUAACCACCUGGGGCGGGGAUGGUAACCAGUACGUGGUGGUGGUCAGCGAACCGGGUGCGCUCGGCCUAUCGCUCGGCCGCGAUUCCGAGGGGAACAUUUACGUCGAACCGUUCGAUGCGGAGGCAAUAAGCGUGGGGUCCAAGGCCAAGGACGCGGGCGUGAUUGCCGGAAGCGUGUUGGUGUCGUAUCGCUCGCUCGAUCCAUCCUUUCAGAAAAGCGCUUCCACGCGUUACGUCUUGAGCAAGAAUCGAGACCCCGUGCGGACGCUCACGGAGAUUGAGGAUUUACCGAGACCGUUGGAGCUGCGUCUAGCGCUUCCGAACCAGGACGAGGAGUUGAACGAAAAGAUUGGCGCCAUGGUGGACGACAUGCGCGACGUCGUCACGGAGAACACGCUCGAGGACAGCGUGAACUCGCCCGAGCUGGAUUUGAUCAGGCAGGAGAAAAAGCGGAGUCACUCCACGGGGGAGCAGUACGUUUUGAACUGGGAGCCGACGACGCUGUCCCAACUCGGAGCGGCGAUGCAAUUCUUAGGAGGCAAGUACGCAAUCAAGAUGGCCGCGCCGCAGGUGAUCGCAAAGACGGCACUCGCAUCCAUCGCGAGCGCCUUCGCGUGGCCGGUGACGCUGCUCUCUGUCGCGAGUUACCUCGACAACCCUUGGCAGCUCGCUCGGAACAAAGCGGACAUCGUCGGCGGAGAGAUCGCUCGCGCAUUGCUCUCGCAAUAUCACGGUCGACGACCGGUGACGCUGGUGGCGUACAGCGCCGGUGCAUACGUCGUGCAGAGCACGCUCAUGAAAUUACACGAGGCUGGCGACAAGGGACAAGACAUCGUGGAUAGCGUCGUGCUCAUCUCCGCACCGCUAUCCAACUCGCGCGAGACGUGGGCUCCGAUGCGAGAGGUUGUGUCUGGACGUUUCAUCAAUGUGUACGUGCCGGACGACUGGAUGCUGAUGUUCUUCUAUAAAUUACAGAGCGUCGAUACGACGCUCGGUCUGGCAGGGUUACAACCUGUAGCACACGAACACAUCGAAAACGUCGCCUUGCCAGGACUUAAGCAUGCGAAGAUCCCGGACAACAUGGCCGAUAUCCUCGCGUACCUCGGCGUCGAGGACGAGAUCAAGUAG